GGGGAGCCCCGCGGGGCGGCCGCCGGGCCAUGGCGCUGCCGGCGGCGGUGCUGCUGCUGCUGCUGCUGCUCGCGCUGCUCCUGCCCCUGGCGGCGCUGGUGCUGGGCACCGUGCUGCUCGGGCUGCCCAGCUACGACAUCCCGGCCGGGGUGAACCAGCCCGCCAAGCUGCGCCUGGUGCUGGCCGUCCUGCUGGGCACGGCGGCCCUGGGAAGGAUUUUGGAGAAGACAGGACUUUGCAGCCAAAUCACUUUUGGCCGAUACGUGCGACAAGGACGGAGGCUGAGACUGGACCCAAAGCUGUUUAUCCAGGAUCUGCAGUUUAACAAAGUACCUGUGAGGGUGUACCAGCCGAAAGCCACAUCUCAUGGGCGAAGGAGAGGCAUCCUCUUCUUUCAUGGAGGAGGAUGGGUGUUUGGAAGUCUUGAUACCUAUGAGAAAGUAUGCCGCUACUUGUCCAGAGAAAGUGAAUCCGUAGUUGUAUCUGUUCAGUACCGUUUAGCUCCUGAGCACAAAUACCCUGCUGCAUAUGAAGACUGUCUUAACGCUACCGUACACUUCAUGAGGAAUGCAGAGCACUAUGGGGUGGAUCCUGCCUGUAUCAGUGUCUGUGGGGACAGUGCUGGGGGCAAUCUAGCUGCUGCUGUUAGCCAGACCCUGGCAGGCAGAGCAGACCUCCCCAGGCUGCGUGCUCAGAUCCUGAUCUACCCAGGCCUUCAGGCACUGGACUUCAAUUUGCCAUCCUAUCAUCAGAAUCGGGGAGUCCCUCUCUUAUUCCGGGAGCGCGCUGCUUUCUUUGCUUUGCAGUACUUAAACGGGGAUGCAUCGCAUAUGCAGGAGGUCCUGAAGGGCUCUCAUAUCCCUCCAGAUAUGAGGCAGAAGUACAGGAAGUGGGUGAGUCCAGACAACAUCCCUGAAAAGUUUAAAGUCAGAGGAGUGAAGCCACUUAACCCCACUGAUUUUAUGGCUGAAGUUUAUGAGACGGUGAAACGGUUCUGCGAGCCCAACCUGUGCCCCCUGCUAGCUGAAGACGCUGUUGUUCACCAGCUGCCCGAGUCCUUCAUCCUGACCUGUGAAUAUGAUGUGCUGAGGGAUGAUGGCUUGCUGUACAAGAAGAGGUUGGAGGACAACGGAGUCCGAGUGACCUGGUGCCACCUCGAGGAUGGAUUCCAUGGGAUCAUAAGCCUGUAUGAUUAUGGUGGGUUGUCGUUUCCAUCUGGGAAAAGGGGACUGGACAGCGUUGUUAACUUCCUUAAGGGCUUAUAGUAAACAUCUUAGAUUCCACGAGUCUGUUCAUGCCUCAAUCUAGAAAAUAUCUUUUUAGGAUAUUUAAUAUCAGGUGAUGGGUAGUCAUUCAAAGGCAGCCAUUAACGAUGACAAACAUGGCUCAUGUGAACCUCAUUCCAGCUGUUAGCUGGAAAAUGGAAUAUGCAAGUAUUAUACAUAUGCUGCAAGCCCUUAUCUUUAGCUAUGUCAAUAAAUAUGAACAUUAUUUUGAAUGAA